CUAGCGCGGUCACUGAUUGAGCUUGGCAGGCAAGGCCGCACUGUGCGAGCUCUGUACAUCGCAUUCGAUGCCUCAUCGACCAGACACACAGUAAGAAAAGGACUUGGAGCUACCGGACGCUGAGAAGAGAGGUCCACAGCGAAAUCAUCCCGUACUACCCAAAGGCAACCAUCUGGGUUACAGGGUCGUGGUCACUUCCUGUCGACCACGCCUUCCUCUUUUCUUUCGAGUGAUCUCUCCUGGACGUCUUCCCGACAUGGCAGCUAAGUCGGCACGUCCCUUGGCGAUUCUUGCAGCACUGAUGAUGUGCAUCGGUUGGAACAACCAGCUGUACGCCAGGGCCCAGUUAAUCAAAGGAGGAGGCGUCAAAGGAUCCGUCAAAGAAGUUGAAAGCGGGAACUUUGGUCUUUAAAGAAUGGACUUGGUCCCGGAUACUCCGGGAGUGGUGGCACCAAGGGGUUCUCUUCAGUGAAGGGCUCGCUCGGUGGCACAAAGGGAGGAUCUGUAAUUACAAAUGGUGACAUGUCUUCCUUCGGCUCCAAAGCCGGCUUUGGAUCAUCGUCUCUGAGCAGCAAUAGUUUUUCAAAUUUCGCCAAGGGUGGCUUUGGCAUGAGCAGCCUCCAGAAUAAACAGGAGUCUGCUGGUAUAAAAAGUGUAAAAGGAAGUAGCGCGCUGAAAGGUGGGUCCCUGCAGGGUUCGAUGAUAAGUGAAGAGUCCAGCCAGAUAAAAGGCAUCAAAGGUGGUUUAAGAGGCCAGUCGGCCAAAGGAAUUGUCAAAGGUGCUUUAAUGGGUGAUUCCAAGCAGAGUCAGCAGUCAUUUGGCUUAGGGAGCAUCAAAACAGGUCAAGCUCUCUUCGCUAAAGGCUCAACCAAAGGAGGUUCCUUGAGCAGCGUGCUGCAAAGUCAGCAGUCCAGACAAGUGAAAGGUGUGAAAGGAAGCGGUGGCAUAACGGGUACUUUCGGAAGCCAGUUUGGAAUGAAAGGGUUUUCUAAGAGCGACUUCGCGCAGAGCCAGAAACAAAGUCGCUUUGGUGGCAUCAAAGGUACUGAUGGUCUGAAGGGAAGCCUCAAAGGGCGUUUUCCUGAACGGGAGUCUUUCGGUGGCUUCCAGGGUGGACGGUUGUCCGCCGGAACGAAAGGUUUCAAAGGCGGCAGUAGCAGCUCAAUGCUGGAACAACAAACAAGCCAGAAGUCACGACGGUUGCUGAAUGAUGGUGCCUUUGGUCUGAACGGUGGCGACUUUCAGCAGUCUUCUCAACCGAAAGGUUCCCUGAAAGGUGCAGCUGUUGGGUUCAGGCGGCACACAUCGAGCUUCGGCAGUGCAUCUUCUGAAACGCGGAAAACUCAGCUGUCUAGUAUCGAGCGUUUUGGACACCACGCGCAGCAUUCGCGCUUCAGCUCUGUCGGGUCGAGCGGGAUUCUACGAAGCGUGCAUUUUCAGGAACCUUCCGGUCAACUGAGGCGCCAGUCACAGCAGAGUUUCAGUUCGCAUCGGUGGGUCAGCGGACAUGGUGGCUUCAGUGCUUCGAAGCACUCAUCCAACAGCCAGCGACGUCAUUCCGGACUGCCAUUCGGUGGUCAGCAGCAACAGCAGUGGUCAAACAAGGGAGCUGCGUUCCAGCAACAAGGCAAGAACAAUCUGCUGCAGCAAUCUCAAAAGCAGAGGAGUCAAAGUGUGAAGAGCAUCGGGUCACUCCAACGAGGAAGCAAUGAGCUGACAGGCAACCAGCUUGGCGGCCAAGGACAAAUGGUACUAAGGCAGUCCGUCGGUUUGUCCGGCUUUAGCACUUCUUCCAAAGGCCAGCAACAGCGCGUCGGUCAGUCUAGCCAAAGUGCAUUCCUCAGCGGAAUACGCAAGGGUAAUGUAGCAACACAGCAAGCGGUCGACCAAAAAAGCUUGUCGGCAUCAAGUUUCAAUCAAAAGAGAGCGGGUCUGGGGAAUGAACAAAUUCUAGAAUCUGGGCUGGGUAAAGGCUCGAGCUCUGAUACGAAUUCGUAUCGGAAAUCUCAGCGAUUGAUGCAGUCGAACCAAGCUGCAAUGAAGAGAUCUUUCGCACUCGGAUCCGUGAGUUCAGACUCACAACAGAAGUCCGUGAAAGGACUCCUCCAGCAACAGCAGCAGCAGCAGCAGCUAGUGCAGCAGCAAAGGCGGUCCUAGGUAGUGGAUAAAGUACUGACAAGGUGACAAUGCAUGGAGUGAUUUUAACUUACCAACUCUAGAAUAGCAAGCCAUCAACCGUAACAUAGUUAUUCACCAAUAUAUAUUUCAAUAAAGGGGCUUUUUCAAUUUCA